UAAAAUAUUAAAUUUAUUCUAUUUUUCUGUGUUAGUGUGUUAACAUUUUUAUGACUACAAUUUUAAUUAAUAUAUAUCAAUUAAUAAAACAUUUUACUUCCAAUACUAACUAUUAUUUAUAAUAUAUGAUUUAAAGUAUAGCUUAUUACUUUAUAGCUCUAGAAGAAUAUAUGAAUAUGAACGAAGAAAAUACAGAUACAAAACCAAAAGAUUUGGAUUUAUGGAUGAUACGUCCAUGUGAAAUGUAUAAUAGUGAAUAUGGUGAGUGUACUUCAAUAUCAUCAAGAUUACAUCAGAUGUUUGUUCAUGGAAGUACAGUAGAUUGCAACCAUUGGCAUGAAGACUAUACAAAUUGUUUAAAAUGGAAAAAUGACAAAAAUAUUCAAGCAGCUGAAACCUUGGUUAAUAGUGAAAAAAUUAAGAGAAACAAUCGAUGGAAAUCGUUCUAUGCAAAUAAUGUAUGGGAAAAUAGAACUAGUCCACCAGAAAACUGGAAUGAACCAUUGCCAGAUUAUAUAGCAAAGCGAAGACCAAAUUCAACAUUAAAGGAUACAUUAGACGAGUGUAAUACAGAAAUAGAUAGUAAAUCAUUUUGUUCAAUUAUGUGAAAUUUGUAUACAAAUAUUUUCUUAACUUGGUUAAUGUUAUUAUAUUAUUUAGUAAUUAUGCGGUUUUUAUUUGAAAGCCAACUGUUGAAAAUAAAAUAGUCUCGAAUAUAGUGUUCUAUCAGUUAUAUAAGAUCCUUGAAUUAUUGUAUCUGUUAAAUAUUUGUAUGUCAUUAUAAUAUUUCUUACACUAUUUUAAUGCAAAAAAUAAUUCAUUUUAUAUUCUAUGAGGAUUCUGGUUUGAGAUUGAUAUGUUAACACCAUUUACUGGUGUUGCUGAUUUCACUAAAGUAAGGAUGGCAAAUCUGUAGUAAGUUAAUUAUAAUAAUUAGUUAUGUUAUUUGUUUUUAUUUAAUCCCAUUAAAUAGAUUUAAGUAAAAAAAUUUUUUCUCGUUUAUACAAUGUGUCCCAUAAAUAAGUGACCAGCCGGAGUCAAAUGAUAGUAUUUAGUUAUCUUAAGUUAUGAAAAAAGGCUUUUAAAUUAUGCGUCAAACUUACUUUUUUUUUUGUUAUGGGCAAUUCAACAUUGUUUUAAACAAAAUAAAGCCCACUGCACACUUGCCAAUUUAUCUUCAAAAUUUCAAAUUUGUAUUCUAUUUUUUUUUUUUUUUAUGCUAUUAUAUUGCUAUCCUAUUGUAUUUGUAUCAACUAACAUACACAAUCAAACCAGAAAUGUACAAAUUAUUUUUAUUAAACUAAAUAUGUGAAAAAAGUUAGAGAAAAUUAGAGAGGAAAUCAAAUAA